AGCUAUAGCUAGAGUGCUAAGAAUAGAAAGUUGUCAACCCUUUACAAUGAAAUAAAUGCUUCUAUUUAUACCCGCCAAUGUGCAGGUGGUUGUACUGACGUGGAAGCCCGUGGUUCACUGGUGUCCCAACCACCAAAUCUUCAGCAUUAAAUGCACUUCCCGCCAGAAUCUAGGUUUCCCGCCUAAUUAGUGGGGACGUUCGUCUGCCUGGGGAGCGAGCUGGAUCGCUCCAGGUGGCCCCCAGAGGUAUUGGCCGUUCGUCCACUGGCCUUUGUGGAUCCUUGCCAUGUGGACUGGAUUGCCUCUGAUGGCUAUGGGCUUGCUCUGACGACGUUCGUCGUCAUUCUGGUGACCCGUGGUCCUGCUCCUUGUCCCUGCAUAGACGUUCGUCGAGAUGGGCCGUUGAGCCUAGACCCCCAACUGCAGACGUUCGUCCCUCCUGGAGGAACAUGGGCCUGCCAGGCUAGCUUUGUGUUCUACCUGGACGUACGUCUGGUAAAAGGGGUGAAUGGGCCGGACCCUGACUUUGGGCCAUUAACCCAACAAUUAAUAAAACAAUAUAAGAUAUUUAACUAACAAUUUUAAUUUAAUCAACGGAAAAGAAGUAAUAAAUAUUGUACAUGAUGUUGAUAUAAUAUAUUAAACUCCUUUCUACAAAUCAAGUUUUGUUCCAUCACAUAAAUUUUAUAAAUAUAAAAUAACCCAAAUAACUUGUAGUUGAUUGCACAUAUUUUACUUUACUAUUUUCAUGAUAUUUCUAAUUAUUAGAUUUAUUAUGAAUCAAUAGAAUGUAAUAAUGUUUUUUAUUUCUAUACAUGCAAAUUCAAUGUCUUUUUUUUUAUGUUUUGAACGUCUUGAAGUAGGCGUCCUAUUCUUGCUACUAUGAUGACGAGUAAUCUUCAUCGCUCCGACACUACAACGAUUUUUAAUGUUUCAUUUAUUACAUGAAAAUUUAACUCACUUUUGUUCUAUUAAGUGUUCAAAGUUCAUUAGUUAAGUUUGAGCUUUGAUGUUUGAAGCGAUUAGAGUUGUUUAAAAUUAUGUUUUAAUUCUUACACGAGAAAAAAUUAUUCUUGAAACCGGUAAAAGGAAGAACCGAACCGUUUACUACCGGUUCGGUUCCAUAACGAUUCUUGAUUUUUUAUAUAGGAACCGAACCGAUUUUCGUUAGUUAAAACUUUUAUAACCAUUCGCUCAUUUGAUUUUGAGUAAGAACAGAACCUGUCCCACCCUAUCCCAAAGUCGAGACUUUGUACGUUCAUCUUCUCCGAUCCAGCAGUCGGCCUGGGCGACGGCGUACCACUGGUAGAAAUCCAGGGGCAGUGGCUUGAAGUUGGUGGCUUGAAAUCCACCGUCGGGUCCUCUCACCCCUAUUCACAGAAUCUGCUGCGGCGGUAAGCAGCCAAGAGGAUGCCGGACGCCGGCCAGUGAUUUCCAGUCACUGCUCAUAUGUGAUAGGGAAGAGCAACUCUAGAAUUCAUACAAUCAUUUCCAAGCUUCAAGAUGUGGAAGACACAAAUUGCUUUACCUAGGAAGUUGUUUAUGUUACUUGAAGAUGUAGAUUGGAAUUCUAUAUUCGAUCACAAUGUCAAAGUCUAAAUACUUUGUGUUGAAGGGGAGAGCUUUUUUAUUGUGAACUGUUUGAACUUUGAAGUACUUUGAACUGUUUGAACAGAGUAAUAGACGCCAUUAGGAGGUAUAGGACUCCCACAGAGUAAUAAAACAGUCCAGCCGUCGGACAGCUGGACUGUUUUCAUCCUCGCCGCAUUGUUCUGUCUGGCAGAUGACAACGAGCUGCAGGUGGUUGCGGUACUAGCGUGGUCUUAUCAGCGCCAGGUAGUAAAUUGGCAGUUCCCAAAUUUCGAACGUCCAAGCAGCGGCCGAUGGCUCUGUCCCACAUCAAAGCCGCCGUGGCAGCCAAGCAAAUCCGCCACGCUCGCACGUUUGUGAACGCCAAGGUGAAGUGGGUCAGGGACCCUUACCUCGACACGGCAGUGGAGAAUGAGAAGAACCUCAAACCCUUACUCACUCUCAAAUCAUUGAUCCUCUCCCAACCCUCUAAAACCCUACCGCUCCGAACUAUCUCCCCGUUGAAGAGUGGUUGUACUGACGUGGAAGCCCGUGGUUCACUGGUGUCCCAACCACCAAAUCUUCAGCAUUAAAUGCACUUCCCGCCAGAAUCUAGGUUUCCCGCCUAAUUAGUGGGGACGUUCGUCUGCCUGGGGAGCGAGCUGGAUCGCUCCAGGUGGCCCCCAGAGGUAUUGGCCGUUCGUCCACUGGCCUUUGUGGAUCCUUGCCAUGUGGACUGGAUUGCCUCUGAUGGCUAUGGGCUUGCUCUGACGACGUUCGUCGUCAUUCUGGUGACCCGUGGUCCUGCUCCUUGUCCCUGCAUAGACGUUCGUCGAGAUGGGCCGUUGAGCCUAGACCCCCAACUGCAGACGUUCGUCCCUCCUGGAGGAACAUGGGCCUGCCAGGCUAGCUUUGUGUUCUACCUGGACGUACGUCUGGUAAAAGGGGUGAAUGGGCCGGACCCUGACUUUGGGCCAUUAACCCAACAAUUAAUAAAACAAUAUAAGAUAUUUAACUAACAAUUUUAAUUUAAUCAACGGAAAAGAAGUAAUAAAUAUUGUACAUGAUGUUGAUAUAAUAUAUUAAACUCCUUUCUACAAAUCAAGUUUUGUUCCAUCACAUAAAUUUUAUAAAUAUAAAAUAACCCAAAUAACUUGUAGUUGAUUGCACAUAUUUUACUUUACUAUUUUCAUGAUAUUUCUAAUUAUUAGAUUUAUUAUGAAUCAAUAGAAUGUAAUAAUGUUUUUUAUUUCUAUACAUGCAAAUUCAAUGUCUUUUUUUUUAUGUUUUGAACGUCUUGAAGUAGGCGUCCUAUUCUUGCUACUAUGAUGACGAGUAAUCUUCAUCGCUCCGACACUACAACGAUUUUUAAUGUUUCAUUUAUUACAUGAAAAUUUAACUCACUUUUGUUCUAUUAAGUGUUCAAAGUUCAUUAGUUAAGUUUGAGCUUUGAUGUUUGAAGCGAUUAGAGUUGUUUAAAAUUAUGUUUUAAUUCUUACACGAGAAAAAAUUAUUCUUGAAACCGGUAAAAGGAAGAACCGAACCGUUUACUACCGGUUCGGUUCCAUAACGAUUCUUGAUUUUUUAUAUAGGAACCGAACCGAUUUUCGUUAGUUAAAACUUUUAUAACCAUUCGCUCAUUUGAUUUUGAGUAAGAACAGAACCUGUCCCACCCUAUCCCAAAGUCGAGACUUUGUACGUUCAUCUUCUCCGAUCCAGCAGUCGGCCUGGGCGACGGCGUACCACUGGUAGAAAUCCAGGGGCAGUGGCUUGAAGUUGGUGGCUUGAAAUCCACCGUCGGGUCCUCUCACCCCUAUUCACAGAAUCUGCUGCGGCGGUAAGCAGCCAAGAGGAUGCCGGACGCCGGCCAGUGAUUUCCAGUCACUGCUCAUAUGUGAUAGGGAAGAGCAACUCUAGAAUUCAUACAAUCAUUUCCAAGCUUCAAGAUGUGGAAGACACAAAUUGCUUUACCGAGGAAGUUGUUUAUGUUACUUGAAGAUGUAGAUUGGAAUUCUAUAUUCGAUCACAAUGUCAAAGUCUAAAUACUUUGUGUUGAAGGGGAGAGCUUUUUUAUUGUGAACUGUUUGAACUUUGAAGUACUUUGAACUGUUUGAACAGAGUAAUAGACGCCAUUAGGAGGUAUAGGACUCCCACAGAGUAAUAAAACAGUCCAGCCGUCGGACAGCUGGACUGUUUUCAUCCUCGCCGCAUUGUUCUGUCUGGCGGAUGACAACGAGCUGCAGGUGGUUGCGGUACUAGCGUGGUCUUAUCAGCGCCAGGUAGUAAAUUGGCAGUUCCCAAAUUUCGAACGUCCAAGCAGCGGCCGAUGGCUCUGUCCCACAUCAAAGCCGCCGUGGCAGCCAAGCAAAUCCGCCACGCUCGCACGUUUGUGAACGCCAAGGUGAAGUGGGUCAGGGACCCUUACCUCGACACGGCAGUGGAGAAUGAGAAGAACCUCAAACCCUUACUCACUCUCAAAUCAUUGAUCCUCUCCCAACCCUCUAAAACCCUACCGCUCCGAACUAUCUCCCCGUUGAAGCCCCAGCUAAGGCUCCCAACCACCGCAUUGACAUUCAUCCAGAGGUACCCUUAUGUUUUCAAGAUUUUCCGGCCUCCAAACAGCCGGCUAUCUACUCCUCACGUGAAACUCACUCCAAAGGCUCUUUCCUUACACAACGAUGAAACACUGAUUACAGGCCUUUCAUUAUACCAGAAAGACGUUGCAGAACGGCUCACGAAGCUCUUGAUGCUAGCUAGAGCUAGGAGACUCCCUCUGGAUGUGAUUGACAAGUUUAGGUUUGAUUUGGGCCUGCCCUAUGAUUAUAUACUCAGUUUUCUACCUGAAUUUCCGGACUAUUUUCAGAUUUGUGACAUGGGAUUUAAGGAUCCAUCUUCAUCUGGUCCUCCAGUGUUCGGACUGGAAUUGGUUAAAUGGAGAGAUGAUUUAGCAGUUUCGGUCAUGGAAGAAAGAGUGAGGAGUGAGGUUUCUGAGAAUGGAAAGGGAGGGCACAUUAGGUUUUCAAUUAAUUUACCAGGAGGGUUUGAUUUGCAAAAGAGGGUGGCAAAUUGGGUUGAAGAGUGGCAAAACUUGCCUUACAUUUCUCCAUAUGAGGAUGCUUUUCAUUUGAAUCCGAGCAGCGAUCAGGCAGAGAAAUGGGCAGUUGCUGUGAUCCAUGAAAUGCUUAGUUUGCUAGUGUCAAAGAAGACAGAGAAGGAGAAUGUUUAUUCUCUUGGGGACUGUUUGGGGUUUGGGAUGAGAUUCAAAAAGGCUUUGGUGCAUCAUCCAGGGAUAUUUUACGUUUCUAAUAAAAUUAGUACACAGACUGUAGUUCUAAGGGAAGCUUUUAAGAAGAAUUUCUUAACAGAGAAGCAUCCAUUGAUAAGUAUGAGAUACAAAUGCAUAUAUCUAAUGAACUUAGUGUUAAGAAGAGGCAUUCCCAUACAUGCUGGAGCGUUACGGUAUAGGAAACGCUUGGCCUCUAUUAAAGGGCGGAACUUUGGGGCAAAGAAAAAGAUCCGAAAACUAGCAAAGACAGAUGGUGACUUUUACAGUAAUGAUGAUUAAAAUCGUACAACAGAGGAAGAAGUGGGUAAUAGAGGUAGUGGCUUGCCAAAAAGUUGGCUGGAUCUCUGAUUCUAAGACUGUAAGGAGGUUGCUGGUGAUAUGAUUCCAGAGGUUGUUAUUGAGCAAGUGUGUACUCAUCAUGCAAGUGUUUGGCGAAAAGGCAUUCAAGAAAUUCCGAAAGGGAUUCAUCUCAAUGCACUUCUCAGAUCAACACAUAGGCUCACACAAGAAGAUGUUGAUUUUCAAAUUUGCGCUCCCCAAUGCUAAUGACUGAUCAGACAUGACCCGCCUGAUCGCUCUUAUGCCUAAUUACAUUGACUUGAUGGGAAAAUACAAGUUCAGCUCACAUGCAAUGUAGGUUAUGUAGCAGUACUUGUUAUGUUGGAAAUGUAACAGUUCCUCUUCUCUGCAUUAAUGCGUUGGACGAUCCAGUUUGUACAACAGAGGCAGUUCCAUGGGAUGAGUGCCGGUAUUUACAUUAGUUCUUGUGUAAACAUUUUGUGAGAUCAUUAAUGCAAACCUAGAGAACUAUCUGCAUGGGAAAAUAUAUGGGAAAGGUAGAGGACUCAACAAACACAGCAGAAAUUUUAGGUAUAUUAAGUAGGAAUAUAGAGAAAUCUCAGAAGUUCCUUAGGCUAUUACAACGGCGUGAUAAGUAAAGUAACGUAAACAGAAAGAAGGAGACGAACAGAGACACUUCGAGAGGCCUCACUCUCCCAGCCCAAUUCUAACUGAAUUCCAGCCUACCCGUAUUGCGCAUUUCGUCCAGCCAGGAUCUCAUCUCCGCCGGCGAAUAUGCGAACGAUUGUUGACGUUGUUUGACCUUUUCCUUGCCCUUAUACAUCGGCGGCAGAAUUGACGUAGUUGACUCCGAAUCUUAACUAUUGAAAUUGUCAAAACCGAAAAGAAAUGCUUUUGUUUUCAUCUUCAUUCGACCUUUGUUUUCUAAGAACUCUAAAUUCUUGAAAGACUGUGUCUUAGGAAAUACCAUCAGGCCUUCAAUAGUGUUCCCUCCAACAACUUUCAUCUUACCAUCUGAGGUCCCAAUAGCUAAGAGCUGUGGAAUAGGGUAGAAAACCAGGAUAUAGGCAGUGGCUGGAAUCCCAUAGUGAAUAGCUACUCUUGCCGGUAGCUUAGGAGCUUCCUGCAACUCUGCUUUAAAGAGGCAAUCUCAGUACUUCCAACUGUCCAUAGUUAACUAGAAGAGAGCCCACAUCCUAUGAAAACCUAGGGAUCCAGAGUGGGAAUAGCAACUAUUGGUACCAUCAGACUUGUUCAGCCAUUCCUAGUGUUUGGUGAUGUAUUGUGUACACUAUUCAUACAAACAACCAAUCCUAAUUCAUGAAUUCUGUCAAUUAAAGAUUUAAAAUCUUCUGGGUUUCGGUCUUGGGCACUAGCAACCUUCCGAUCAGAAUAGGUAAGGAUAUGUUGGAGAGACCGGCCCUCUUCCUCAGCCCCUGUGACAUUAUUGAUCAGUUCUUAGGCAGCAUUUUUUCCUUCCCAAAGCAGGGACGUGUGCACUAACUCUGCCAGAUUCCCGGAAUGAAACAAUUUCAACUCAUCAAUAAAAUGCCUUUGAUGUUUGAACAUAUCGGAACCCUUGAGUCUCUUAGAAGCUACCACCCAUUGGUAUCGGUCAUCAUCUGAUGGCUUUCUGUCCAAGGACUUUUUAGAAUUUGGAAAUAGCAGGGACACAUUUUCAUUUCCAUGCUUGUCAAUAAUCAAGAUACCGGUAUUAAUAAAGUUCUCAGGCACCAGAUGAUACACACACUUUGAUAGAAUUGACAGCGGAUGAGGAAAUCUUCCUUCCUGGGCGGAUAUGGCUUCCUUUGAAGGACAUCUCCCGUUCAUUUGGUGUCGCCUGCAAACUGAUAAUUUCUCCCCUGCAUGUCGUCAUACUAGGGCUCGCACGCGGAUACAGCUGCCUAGGAUCUUCUUCUCCUCUUUAUCGUGUUGUGCUAUGGUUCCCAAAUGGAGAUCGUCGCAAACUGGAUUCCACUCCUGAUAGCAUCGCGCCUUGACACGAAUUGACAGCGGAUGAGGAAACCUGCAAACUGCAGGCUCACGCCGAUUCACCGAAGCCUGAGAACUGGAAAAAGUUGCUUGCGACUAAGAUGAAACCUGCGAACUCAGAGAAUCUGAUAGCAACAAAGCUGGCGACAGCAAACAAGGAGAAACAGCUAGGAGAAUCUUAAUUCUAUUUUAGAAUUUUUCCUUAUUUAACUCUUACUUUGAGCAAUGUCCUAUAAAUUUUUAGAUAUAUAUAGGAGUUUGGUUGUGGUUGAGGGGGCAGCUGCCCCACUGCCCCCAUAGUGGAUAUGCCCCCAUAGUUUAGUAUCCAUGUUACUGGCCCUCAAAUUUUAGACUGUCUUUCUUUGCCGUUAUCCAGCUCAUGAUCUUCUAUGUUUUAUGUUCUAACUUUUGAUCCAAAAUGAAAUACGUAGUAUAAUUUUCAUAAAAAACUAACUUUUGAUCACUCUUUAACUAUAUAAAAUUUUACAUAUAUGAUCUGUUAAACAGCUACAAACUGUUUUUCCCUCGAUAGUUGGCACAUUCUUGUACAACACCCUUAUUUUUUAAUAGGAGAAUAAGAGUACUCUUCCGCCAAAACAUUGUUGUUUCUAAAAUAUUGUUAUUAAUAUAUAAUAUUAAAAUCAGCUAGACUAGUUUCUGCGUUACUGUUUGUACAUAUGCACAUCCACUUUGGAGAGAGCAAAGUGGAGGGCGCACAUCCGUGUGGACGAUUGAUAUCUUCUCUAUCUUUCUUCUUUCUUCCCUUUUAUCGUUUAUCUUCUUUAUCCUUUUAUAUUCUAAUGUUAUUUUUAUUUUCUAGCUUUUUAUGCUUUUUUAUCUUUCUAUCGUUUAUCUUUCUUAUAAUCUUAUGUUAUUGUUAUCUUAUAUUUAUUUAUCUUUAUUUUAUCCGUUCUAUCUUACUUUUUUCUCCUUCUUGUCUGUCUUCUCUAUUUGGCAUCGAUAUCAUAGAUCGAUUCAUGUUAGUCGAUCCCGAAUUCUUUUGAGAUUAAGGCUUGGGUGUUGUUGUACACACAUUUAUGACACUAAUGCAAGUACUAUUAUAUACUCGUAUAAAAUGUGGAGUAAAAGGUGGGUCAGAUCAGGCAGAAAUUAGGAUGCAAUAUUAAAAUUCAUUUUGGACCUACUACAGGUCAAAAUUUUACGGUAGGCACUGAUACUCAAGCGUUGGAUUUGAAGUAUAAUCCCCAAUGGUAUAUGCAUAUGUAUUUUAGUGUUGUAUAUAUGAAAUAAUAAAUGCAUCAUAAGUUCAUAGUUAACUACCAAGUACCUUGUGGUUUGAUGACAUCACAGUUGAUCUCCCAAAAAGGAGCUCGCAGAUUUGAGUCUCAACCCAAUCAAGGAUGUUGACAUUAACAAGAGCCUAUACUAUAACAGGUUUAGAAGAAUAUUCCAAAAAAAACUGAUGAAGCAUCUGCUGCUAUUCAAAAAUAACAUAAUAAUAAAUGCUAAUCGCAUAAUGUCUUUGUUUCUUUCCUUCAUAAGUGGACUAGCCAUUCUUCUUAUUUUCGUGUAGCAUUGAAACUAAUUGACAGGUGGGUAAGGGCAGUUGAUGAAUACUUUGGAGCUUUGUACUCUAGUCCUUUUAUCAAAGAAAGAGGCACACAAGAUGCCACCACAUCGACUAGCCUCAUUGAAUCUUCAAUUGAUCAAGCUCCUUAUGUGAGAUUGAUAGAUGAUGGAAUGGUGACUGCAGUUGCUGAUGAGCCACCACCAAGAAAUGAUGUAGGAGGACAGCCGACUGAACACUUAAUCAAAGAACAUGACACACAUGGUGAACCAUCUUUACAGUGUGAUGACAAAAUGAUGCCACCGGAAGAAGCAAAUGUGAGUAUCACUGCCGAGUUUGCUGAACCCAAUGAGAACGACACUGUAAAGUUGUUUCUGGUUUGGAAAUGCUUAAAUCAGAUGUCAAGGCGGAGCAGGGCUUUGAUUUGGCUUCUUGCCUAUGUUGCAAUGGUCACAACUCUUCCCGUUCUGGCUCCUCCAUUCCGGCUGCUGCUUGGUAAAAGGUUAAGACGCCUCCUUUCGCUCAGACAAUAACAUGGUUGAAUAUCUCCCUAAGAGGGUGGUUAUUGCAGCUUUGAAGGAGAGCUAAAACCAUAUCCAAUAAAACCGACCUUUUCAUCACCAUAUGUUUUGAACUGUUCUCCUUGGCGCACAUAAAUACCAGACGCCUUUAUAAAGUCAUGAAUAUAAUAUAAUAACAAGUUAUUAUCCAGCGUGGUAUUGUAAGAAAGUGGUGUUAAAAAUCUGAGGGUGCGGACUUUGUAAGAAAGUGGUGUAAAAAAUUCAAGAACUUAGUUAUUAUCCCAUGUUCCAAAAUUAAAAUUAAAGAAGUUAU